AUGAAGAAGAAAUUAUGCUCUGUUUUGUUUGAUGAGGUGGCUCUCACACCUCAUCUCACUUAUGACGAGUCACAAGAUGAAAUCAUAGGUUUUAAAGAUUUUGGAAAUGAAAGAGAAUUUAAAUUAUGCGAUCAUGCCUUAGUUUUUAUGCUGAAAGGUGUGUGUUCAAACUGGCGACAGCCUAUUGCUUACUAUUUUUGUGAAGGAACAACUGCUGCUGCUGUAGUUGUAUGGAUUUUAAAAGAAAUCAUCACUAAAGUCUUGCAGUCUGGCUUGAUUCCUUUAGCCCUUAUAUGUGAUCAAGGACCUACGUUCAGAACUGCUAUAGCCAUGUUGAAAGAAGACACCGAACGCAAAAGAAAUUUAAAUGGAGAAUAUAAUGGUAAGUAA